ACCCGAACCGCCCCCCUACUUCUUGCCCCCCGGAUGAAUUUCAUGAACCCUCUAACGUUCUGAGACUAUACCUUUCAUGUCAGUGAUCCAGACACCAAGACCUUCAAAGCGAUUGAAACAACGCGACGACGACGACACGUACUUAGUACCCCCAACAGCCAUGAAGUCAGAACCAUCCAGUCCAUCUCUUCCUAUCGGCAGACGGCUCGUUACUUCCGGUGUCAAACGAUUCUUUCCACUCCCCAAGAAUUGCCAGCUUUCAUGCCCGCGGUAUAAACUCAACAGAAAACAAUGGGCUGCUAGUUGUAUUAAGGAACUUGAGGUUUUGGACCUCAGGGUUGAAAGAACCAUGAUUAGAGAUGAUGGCCUAGUUAUCGACUGGUCAAGUCCCGUUCCUGUCUGGACGGAUACCUUGAAACCUAACACAUAUGAUCUGGCUUCUGUGAUCACCCAGACGUACGAAGCAAAUGCCCGAGCACGACCUCGCACAGGGAAACAUCUGUCCCUCAGUUCUCACUUGACCAGACCGCCAGCAAUUCCACAUAACUCGAUUGACACUUCACCCAGUAAAAGAGAUGGCAACUGUAUGUCAUCGUCAUCGAUCCCUCGUCUCUUGCCUGGUCCCUCCAUGCCUGAUUCGACAAAGUCGGAUGUCAAAAAUGGUCCUCCUGGAGAAAAGCUUCCCGUCCCACCAAGACCGUCCUCGAUCUGUCGGAUUUUCUCCACACAAACAAAUGGGCCGACCAAGUCUACCCCAACUCACGGCCCACCACAACGUCCGCGAUCACCCACGCAUAGUGAUGAUCUCGAUGGCUCAUUCCCGUCUAAGCGCAAGAGAUCCCCGGCUCCUUCUGUGUUUUCUUCAUCAACCACUGAUCCAGGGCCCUCAGCCGUACAUAAUCAUCGUGUUCUACAGGAACCCGCCGUGCCUGCUGACUAUGCAUCUCCUGUGGACCGCGAGGUGUCAGAAAUGUCUCUGAAUUAUAUUCGACGUUACAUUCAAACGUACGAAACCGACCGCGCUAGUCUUGCUUCUGCAUAUUCACGCCUUGCAACAUUUGGUUACCGUAAGCAUAAGCAGACGUCUCAUUCGGCCCAGACCAUCGCUUCGACUUCCAAGGUGCCCAUUGGUGACAUAUCUGGGUGCUCCCCACUUAAACGCGGUCGACUGGAUGUUAUUACUGAGCUCGUUGCCCUUCCCUCGCUACAUUGCGCCGUUCCCCCUUCCGAGCUUAAGAGCGCGUGUACUAGUGCCGGUGAGAGGAGACACGUGGGCUACGACAUGCUCUACCUCGGCCCUCAGCUGGGUGUGUUUAUGGUGUGCCGAGUUGCUAUGCCGGCGGCCACGGUUGUGCAUACAUUCAUGUUGCAGCGGAAGGAGGUGGAUAAAGAGGAGGCGGGGGCGAAGGGCGUUUGGCCGGUCGUAGCGAAUGUGCAUCAAAUUGUUGUGUUUGAGUCUUGAAAGGUCGACGAGGUACAUACCUUCUCAUCUACGAGCCAUCGUUCCACCAGAAAUGCGAAUUGUUGGAAGCCGCUGCUUGACUACUGGCUGGGAAGUGCAUUCCAAUGCUUCGUAGAUUCUGAGAUCUGUUGUAACUUUACAGUAUCGGAGACGGGAAUUGUAGCGGCAUCACAAUUGGAAGGCUACUCACUGCUGUCAGUGGACACUGCACACGGUAAGACGUGAAUGGUUCGCAGAAGUUGGUCAAAUGUUCGUACUCAAAUCCGCAACUUUACCGAAUCUAUAGGAGUAUUACAUAAGGCGGUGCUGAGUCACACCCCAACCUCUCGCGGCUCCUAUUAUAUGAUAAGGAGCGUUGACUUGCCUAUG